AAGGAGGUUACACUCCUCGAUGGCCAACAAAUUUGAGUCACUGCUCCGGUCCCGAGCUGGCUUGUUAAGGGCUGGAAGCUCUCGUGUUGUUAGUGACAUGGACGGGGAUAAGUACAUCACCCAGCUCACGUGCGACCAACUGUCAUUGAGUGGAAGCCAAUCGCGAAGUGAUUUGCAGUGUGUUCGCGGGGCUUUCUGCAGAGGCUCUUUCUUCUCUCGCAUGGGGCAUGGUGUAUAUUCCAAGUAUGGCUUGUCGCCCGGACCAACGCAUACGCACGCUGCAUGCAUCCAUGCAGCCAAGGACCAGAUCAUCCGGUAAUCUACUCACGGAUAGUAUGCCCUUGUUCCCCUGGACAAAGAUAUUCAAGCUUCCACCACCUUUGAGUUGCUGCUCCCCAGACUGACGCCAACUACCUCCCACUAGACACAAGAUCGCACUCCUCAUUCCCGCUCCUCACAUGCAAUUGAGACGUCACCUGUGCUAUCAUGAUUUUUGAUUCGAUCACCUUGAGCCUUCUUUUCAUCGCUCUCGCUACAUUCGUAUCUGCCAAGCUAUUGUGGGAGCUUGUCUUCUCCCCGCUUCGAGCAUUCCCUGGCCCUUUUCUGGCCAGGUUCACGGAUGGAUGGCGUUCGUAUCUCACCACUCUAGGCAAUGUCGACCGCAAGCAUCUGGCGUGGCACCAUAAAUGGGGCAGUGCCGUUCGUGUUGGACCGAACGCCAUCAGUCUCAACGACCCCGAUUUGAUCAAGACCCUCUACGGAACCAAGAAUCCAUGGCGCAAGAGCGACAUGUACCGCCCGAACGACGUCGUUGUCAAUGGCGCGCGCAUCCAGAACAUCUUCAAUACGCAGGACAAGAAGUUCCACGCCAAGUACGCUCGGCCAAUCGGUGGGUUCUGGAUCCUAUCAAAGGUUCUUGAACUAGAGCCCCUCUUUGACGAGACGCUACGGUUACUGGUCAGCAAGCUGAAUGAAGAAUUCAUGCAGAAGGGAGCUGUCUGUAUGAUGGACAAUUGGCUGGCUUACUUCGCAUGGGAUGCUGCUGCGAAUGUGUCAUUCGGACGGCACUAUGGCUUCAUUGAGGAGGGCGAGGACGUCGGCGGCAUCAUCAGCGAGUCGACAGCCGGACUGAAGUACUUUAGCGCGAUCUCCCAGAUCCCCUGGCUCGACAACUGGCUGGACAAGAACCCCUGGUAUCGCAUCGGCCCCAGACCACUCGUCAACGGCUUUCUCUACACCGUUCGCAUCCUCAGCGAGUACCAGCAGCAGGUCGCCUCGGGUGCCGUCAAGCGGAAGGAACAAGACCUCUUCAUUGACAGCUACAAUGGCCUCAAGGAAAAGUACGACUUUGUCGACGACCAGCAGGUGAUCAAUUGGCUCAUGCUUAACGUGCUGGCGGGCGGAGACUCCACGGCGGGAGCCAUGCGGCCCAUCUUCUACCACCUCGCCAAGAACAGUGACAAGUACGAGAAGUUGGUGAGGGAGCUCGAUGGCGCAGGGCUAUCGUUCCCAGCGCAAUGGAAGGACUGCUCGAAGCUGCCGUACCUGGACGCUUGUAUUCGCGAGGCAUUCCGCGUGAACCCGGCAGUCGGACUAAUGCUCGAGCGGGAGGUGCCGUCUGAUGGCUUCACGAUCCCCGACGGGCGCUUCAUCCCCGCGGGGACCAAGGUCGGCCUCAAUCCGGCGGUAGUGACGCGUGACAGCGGGGUCUUUGGCGAAGACGUCGAGAAGUACGUGCCCGAGCGUUGGCUUCAGAUGGAGGGCGAGAGCGACGUCGAUUUCGCAACGAGACUCCGACGAAUGCAGGAGGCGACGGAUCUGAUGUUUGGGGCGGGCAGCCGGGUCUGUAUGGGGAAGCACUUGGCGCGACUGGAGAUAUACAAGCUUGUCGCGACGCUAUACAGCACUUUCGAUGUGAAGCUGAAGGAUCCGGGGCACGAGUGGACGUAUUGCAACGCGUGGUUCAUGUACCAGAGCGACAUGCCCAUGGUGCUAACAGCACGAUAA